AAACUGUUUUUGUCAUUCUAUUGUUUUUGACGAAGAAGAAGAAAAUUUCUUGGAAGAUUUUUUCUUUCUAUUAUUAACGUCAUCAUCGUUUACGUCGUUUUCUUUUAUUUUAUUUUUUUUUGAUUUAUGAUAACGGUGGCCACAAACGCCCAAACAAUCCAUAUUGUAAAUGUACCAAUGUAUUUUUGUUGUUUUCUUCGUCGAAUGCGUUUAAAAGAACGUAUUCUAGUACUAUUGAUUGGUGUAACAUGUUGUCUUGUAUGUACAUUUUUGGUAUUGACAACAAAUUCACAGAUCAAUAAUAAUGAUCUAACCAACAAUAAUAAUAAUAAUGAUGAUGAUCAACUUAACGGUCCAGCAGCGGCUUCGGUUAUGGCCGUAUCAAAUUAUGACAGUGGUGGUGGUGGUGGUGGUGGUGGUGCUGGCAGUGAUACCGAUCUAUCAAGAUUAUCGAUUCAACAACAAUUAGGGCAUAAUUUUAAUAAUGUUGCCAUUGGAAAUAAUCAACUAGCAGCUGCAAGUAUUGCAUCUUCAUCAUCAUCAGCAGCAGCAUCGUCGAGGUUAAUCAAUUCAUUGCCAUCAAUAGCGGCAGUUACCAAGACAAUUACAGCAACGCCAAAAUCUAAAUAUUCAUCAUCAAAACAGCAAGAUAGAACGAUACGACGAAGUAAACAUCGAAGACGAUUUUUAUAUCAACGACAACAAUUAUCAGAACAAUCAUCAUCAUCACCAUCACCAUCACCACCAGCACAACAAAAACAAUCGAAUGGAAAAAUUAUUGAUGAAAAUAAUACAAAUUAUUGGAAAAAUAAAUGGAGGCAACAAUUGGCCGUUGCAGCUGCUGAAUCCAUUGUCAAUCAAGAUAAUGAAAAUCAAAAUGAUAUUUAUUUAGGUGGAGAUGUUCCAAUUAAUUCAUUGAAUGGUGAUGUUAGAACAAAAUCUAUCACUACAAAUCAAUUAGCUGCUGCUGGUGGUGGUGGUGGUGGUUUGAAUACAUUCUAUGAUGAUGGUGAAGAUGUCAUCGAUGGUGAGAAUAAUCAUAUAAUAGGAGGUGGUGAUGGCACCACUAUCACAAAAACCAAUUCAAAAGCCAAUCGUUAUAAUAUAGAUAAUUCACCAAAUAAUAUGGAUGGUGAUCUAAGUCAUGCUGUCGAUGUAUUAGGUAGUAGUGCUACAGCAGUAGCAGCAGCAGCAGCAGGAGCCAUCAUCAAAAAUCAUCAUGAUGAUGAUCAACAACAUCAAACAAAAUCAAUGAUAAAUAGUAAUAAUAAAUCACGAACUGUCGAUAUGACGGCUAGUCAUCAACAUCAACAACAACAACAACAACCGAAUGAUCGAUCAAAUAGAUUAAGAUCCAGAACACAUGAUGAUGGUUAUCAUAAUCAAAACAAUGAGCUUAUUGAAUCGGUAAAACAAUUUUCUCAUUUCAAACAACAACAACAACAACAUCAUCAUCAACCACAACAAACAUCAAACAUCAGUUUAUUAUCAAAAGAAUCAUUUUGGCAUCAACAGCACCAAUCAACACAAUCACAAAUGAAAGAUAGAUUUAUUGAUCUACAACAAAUGCUUCGUUUUGUAUUGGAAGAACAAUUAAAUCGAACGGAACGAAUACGACGAAAACACCGUAAACAUCAUCAACAACAGCAACAACAACAGCAACAACAACAAUUUAGUUUACCCGAUACUGCAAUGGUCAAUAAUGAUGAUGAUUAUAAUACAAUCAACGAUGACGACAACAACAACGACGACGACAAUGAUGAUGAAAAUGAUAAUAAAAUUAAUCGAUUGAUUCCAACAUCAAGCAUCUCGACUAAUAGCCUAGAUUCAUUACGAUCAUCAAUUCAAACGAAUCGUACAUCUUGGGAAGAAUUCUAUAUGGACAUUAAUGAACGGGAAUUAUAUCCGGAAAAUAGUCAACCAUUGAAACGAUUAUUACGUGAUAUGGCCAUGUUGGAUAUUGUUCAUGUUGCACAAAAAGAAGGUGGUACACAACUUAAAUUGAUCAUCAACUAUGAGAAUGAAGGAAAAGCACUGUUCAAACCAAUGAGAUUUUCUCGUGAUAAAGAAACUGAUCCAAAUCAUUUUUAUUUUACCGAUUAUGAACGACAUAAUGCAGAGAUUGCUGCAUUUCAUCUGGAUAGAAUAUUAGGAUUUCGUCGUACACCACCAGUUAUUGGUCGUAUAUUGAAUAUUACAUCCGAAAUAUAUGCUAUUGCCGAUGAAGAUCUCAUCAAAACAUUUUUCAUUUCACCAGCCAAUAAUUUGUGUUUUCAUGGCAAAUGUGGUUAUUACUGUGAUACUGCACAUGCAAUCUGUGGCAAUCCUGAUACAGUUGAAGGAAGUUUUGCUGCCUUCCUACCAUCCAAAAGUAUUGCUCCAAGAAAGGUCUAUAGACAUCCAUAUAGACGUUCAUAUCAUAAACGUCGUCGUGCAACAUGGGAAAAUGAUCCUGAUUACUGUGAUAAAUAUGUACGACACGCGCCACCAUACAAUCAUGGUCGUCGUCUUGCCGAUCUAAUGGAUAUGGCUGUAUUAGAUUUUCUUAUUGGUAAUAUGGAUAGACAUCAUUAUGAAACAUUCAAAACAUUGGGCAAUCAUUCAUUUAUAAUUCAUCUUGAUCAUGGUAGAGGAUUUGGUAAAGCACAUCAUGAUGAAAUAUCAAUAUUGGCGCCCAUUAUACAAUGCUGUAUGAUACGUAAUAGCACAUUACAACGAUUGAUCGAUUUACACAAUGGUCAAACGCCAUUAAGUGAACUAAUGAAUAAAUCGUUGAACAUGGAUCCCGUAUCACCAAUAUUAACUAUUGAUCACUUGUUGGCAUUAGAUCGACGAUUACCAAUUAUAUUGAAUGUUGUACGUGAAUGUACACGUAAACGACCAUUUCAAGAUGUUAUCAUUAGUGAUGGCUAUUGAUUAUACUUAAAAAUACGAUGAUCUGCUAUUUCAAUCAUUCAAUUCAGUCUAAUAUUAAUCUCAAUUUUCUUCAUAAUUUCUUCUCUGACCAUUGUUAUGGAUGAUGAUAAGGACAACUUUGGGUGAAGGACAAUUGUUUUUGUUUUCUUGAACCAAUUUCGAAAAAAAAUCCAUUAAAUUUUUGUUCUCUCAACAACAACAACAACAACGACGAUAACUUUGAUGAUGAUGACGACAAUUUAACGACAUUUUUUUUGUCAAAGAUGAAAAUCUUGUUUUUCGACUAAAAGAAUCGAUCAAAAUUCCGCCCUUUCUUGUUUUUUCGAUACAUUCUUUGGUCAUUUGUCGAUCCACCAUCACCACCAACCACCAUCACCCAUCAUCAAAUGGAAAUUGGAUAAAAAACAAAAAAAUAAAUGAAUGAAUGAAUCAUUCGAUUCUUUCUAUGAAGCAUUAGUUUGGCUGAAUCGAUUCGAACAAAUGACAAAGGAAUCGUUCUACAAAAUAGUGUGUGCUGUGGAUGGACAUUCGAAAUUAGCAUCAUUGUUUUUUUUCUGGCAAUUCACACUCCUGUAUAACUUGUAUAUAAAAAAAAUAAUUCCAAUUUUGCUGUGAUAUGGAUGCAGCUUUCAAUAUAUAAAAUUUCUUUAUCAUCAUUUUCAAUCGUUCACCCCCACACACACCCCCACACACACACCCACACUCACACUUCACACAUACUGAUAUGAUUCAGAUUUAUUCUUUUCAUUUUUUUUUUUUUUGGCAAUUAUUAUUAUCAAGUCAAACAAUUUCUGGUCUUUUUCAUAUUUUUCA